CUUUAGCUUUGGGACUACACUGAAAAGUAGGAUUGUGAGUUUUUUUGUGUGAGAGGAACACAUGAGAAAAAGAGAGACAGAAGAAGGAAGAUGGGUGGUCCAAAGAGACAUCUCAAGGAUUAAAGAAGGAUGUGGAGCAACAAAAGACCGAUUUCAACUAAGCUGACCUGGACACAAACAGAAAGAGAGGGAAGACAAAGUAGAGGUGCACAGAAGACAGAGGAUUUGCCUGAACAAGAACAAGAACGAGCCGUCAGGCUGAUAACUGAGGAGGCAUGUCUUACUCACCCAAGGAGGAAGAGAAACAGUAAAGUCAAAUCAGACAGGAGGAAAGAGGGGGGUGGGGGGUGGAGGGAUAAAACGAAACAUAAGAAAGCACAGAGGCAAAAGAUUAACACCAUUCAGAGAGAGAGAGAGAGAGCGUGUGUAAGGUACAGCGAGAGGAGAACGAGCCGACAGAGGGAGGUUGAUAGAAAAGAGAUAACGGGUGUUUAGAAAGGUGAAGCAACGCAGAGAAAGGGACAGAAGGUGAGGGGGCGAGUGGGUGAAGUUAGCAGGAAGGGAGAGGUAUGAGGGAACUGAGUUCACAUAUCUCUUUGAUCUUCAUUCUCCUCUGUUUGGGGAGCCUGCUGACCACUGUCACCUGGUACAUACUUGACAAUGAUGUGGAACCUUACAAACCACCUCCUCAAAAAAAAAGCCCUGGCAAGCUUUGUAAAGACUGCAGGGCAAUUAUCAACAAAGUAAAAGAAAGUUACUCUCAAACCUGGAGGAGGCAAGAGGACAAUUACCAAAAGUUUAGAUCUCAGCUGAGAACCAAGUGCAAUGGCUUCGAUAAGGCGAUCAUCACCCAGGCCAACACUCCUAUUGGAACAAAGCUUGUAUACGACGGGGAAAAGAAAAGGACCCUCCUGGUGAACUCUGAGAUUUUCAGCACCUUUGCAAAGGAGCAUCCUUUCUUAAAUAAAACAUGGGACACGUGCGCUGUUGUCGGGAACGGAGGGAUCUUGACCGACAGCAAGUGUGGAAAGACGAUCGAUUCAGCUCAGUUUGUUAUGAGGUGCAAUCUACCACCUUUGAAAGAUGGCUAUGAGAAACAUGUGGGCAUGAAGACUGAUCUUGUGACAGCGAACCCGAGCAUCCUCUUUGAGAAGUAUGGGGCUCUAAUGGGUCGUCGCCGUCCGUUUGUGGAGAGUCUGCAAACCUACGGAAACUCCCUGCUUCUCCUUCCCGCCUUUUCCUUUGGCCACAAUACUCCUGUGUCCCUGCGGGUCGUCUACGCCAUUGAGGAUUUUAAAAGCCCUACUCGUCCCGUCUUCUUCAACCCUGAGUACCUUCAGAGUCUGGCUGCCUUCUGGCGCAGCCAGGGCCUAAAAGCAGGACGGCUCAGCACCGGUUUGAUGAUGGUUAGCAUAGCACUGGAAGUCUGUAACAAUGUGCAACUGUAUGGGUUCUGGCCCUUUAGUAAUCACCCACACGAACUCUAUUCCCUGACUAAUCACUACUAUGAUAACAUGAAGGCUAAGGCAAUCCACGCCAUGCCUACUGAGUUUAACCUUUUGCUGCAGCUGCACACUCAGGGCGUGCUCAAACUUCACCUGGGAAAUUGUUGACCAUGUGCAAAGUAGUUCUCAGACCUGGGGACAGCUGACAGCUCAGGAGCACAGUGCCUUCUCUGUAGCCUCUGGAUGAAGCCAGUCACUCAUGAAGUCAUUCAUGAACUUUUGAAUGAAUGGAUGUAUCUAUUUUGGAUGAUGACAUGGAGGAAUUGGGUCCAAGCAAGGUGGAUGCAGAAACUUAUAGUUAAUACUAAGCUGGCCUAUCAGCAACCAAGACAUUUGCACUGAAAUCAAAACGCACCAACCAUAAGACUGUAAAAAUCCUGCAAACAGUCUUGCAGUGUAUUUACAGCUGUAUUUAUUACUACAAAUGUUCCAGCUGGAAUCUAGAGGGAGUUAUUUUGAUUUAACUGGGAAGCCUUUGUGAGGCCUUGGUGGGGGGUUUAUAUUGUAGUGCCUUAUUUGAUUGAUCAUGGGAAGUUUUAGAUCAAGCUGAAUGUAAUUUUAAGAAAAUCAAAUACCUCCUUUACUCAAAGAUUGUCUGGCUGUGAAAACUCUAACAUCUUAUGAAAGCACCAGCACAUUGAAUGUAAAGAAUCUUUUUUGACAUUUUUGUUAAAAAGCACAUCAGACAUUUAACCACUUUGAAAAAUAUUACGGUACCUUUACAUACUGAUCACACUAUUGUUAUAUACAGCCGGUGCUGGGAGUGGAUGGGAUCAUUUCUGCUCGCUUGUUUUAAUUCCGUUUGACUGACGCUGGUGGAUGUGGUGCAAGGGAAGGGUAAAGGGUUGUUUCCCAGAAGCCUUGACUGGAAACCAUCAUGCUUGCAACUCUGUAGGCUGUGGUUAUCAGAUGACCAUAAAUGAGCGUUGAAGGCAAGGACUAAACAGGUAAAUAAUAUCACUUGUAAACACAUUCAGGAGAUCUUUUCUCAUUGAGUCAAAACUUGUGAGGGUCUUAUUCAACUGGGAGUAUUACCAGUCACUCUCAUACUUUUAAGUCUUACAGUGACUUUUUGGUGUCAUAGAGAUAAAUUAUGUACGAGAUGUAGGUGACCAAACUUGAGAACUCCUGGUGAGUUAAUUUUGUGAAUGUUUUGUAAUUUUGUUUUGUUUUGUUGUUUUGUAAACAACACGAGGUGAGAGGGAAAAUGAAG